GUUACAGUAAGGUUCGCAAACCCAAUGGAAUACCGAGAACUAGCCACAGGAUCGACUUUCAUGCCUAGGUGCCUUUAAUCAACAUCAAAUAUGUCUUCCCUACAGCAGCAAUUAGCUGCCAUUGCCGCGACUAGCACCCAUCAGCUCGACCUCAAGGCGCAGAAAACUGCACAUGGAAAAUCUUUACUCUUCGAAUCACGCGUUGCCGCUUCACAAUCUUUCGAUCUGAUAUUCUCGAUAUGUUACGAAGGGUUUCGCGAUUUGUGCGCGCUUGAUCAAAGGUUCCUCUCUUUUGCGCGGACGCUCUUCAGCGAACAGAGCAAGUCAGAAGACCGCACCCAGAUGACCAAGAAGGAAAACGACGAAUUGGAUCGAGUUUUGGAGUCUUUCAUAACCUUAGUUGGAUCUCGAAUACUUUUGAAACCAGCCGAGAAAGCCCUAGAGUGGUUGGUCCGAAGAUUUCGAGUCCACGAGUACAACACAGAAACUCUAGUGCUCUCAUAUCUUCCUUACCACAGUACACCGCAGUUUCUAGCACUCCUCUCUAUCCUCCCAUCUACACCACCGCCAACCCUGCGAUUCCUCCAACCAUAUCUGGCGCCGCCCACGAAUCCUCCUCGUGAGGCCAUCGUGUAUACCGCUGUCAAUACUCCCGCUCUCUUCGCAGCGUUACAGAGUUACGUCGUCAAAUCUCUUCAGGCGAAGCAUCAUGGUGCUAGCCUGUUAUCAUUUUGGGCCAGCGUAACCGCCCAGGCGUUGGAUGCUAUAUUAGAUGCCUCAAGAUCAGGCCGGAGGGAGAUACAAGAUCAGCGAACGGAACAAGUCCUUCUCAGGAUUCUCCCUGCACUCAACGAGUGCCUGAAGCUCUCCGACAUCCCAGAUGCCAAUCUUGGAUGCUACAUGAUCUUGAUCAUACUUGUGACCAAAGCGUCCUUUGAGGACAAGGUCUUGGACUCCUUGCUCGAAGCUGUCAUACGAAGCUAUGGAUUGGAGACUGCUGAUGGAUGCCUAACAUGUUUAGCAAUCAUCGCGGAAGAGCGAUCAAGCAUAACUCUCCCCAUCCCAGUAGAAAAGAGACUCUUCAGAAUUCCAGAUCUGCCGCAAGCUCUUGAAGUGCUUGCCACCAAAUGCCGUGCUGAGCGCCUUGCUCUCGGUAGCGCACUUGCAUCUCUGGAUCGGCUCUCGCACGGCAAACACCCCGAGGAAAGCCGCGAAAUAUUUCAACGUAUUCUUGAAUCGAGUAUCCUAGGUCCGUCGUACAAAUCGGCUGCAGUAUCAUCCUUCUUUCGUGUAUUUGAAGAGAGCACUCCAGGAUCUGAGGCUCAUGGUCAGUUACUGGAGCUUCUUAGCCAACUGUCCGAGUCGAUGCACCUUGCGCCACUUCUCCAAACGAUUGCUCAAGCGAAUGGCAUAGACAUGGACGCUAUGGGGGUAACCGUACAAGUAUCUCUCCAGGUGGAGGAUCAGGGUAAUGAGAACUCCGAUGAGGAAAUGUUGGACGUGGGUGAAACGUCUCAACAGGAAGAGCAGCCCAGCAUUACUCUUCCAAAGAUCGACGACUCUACGUUUUUCUGCGAGAAUGUUUCAUCAUUCUCCGGUGCACUUGCGACCUUUGAGCGCGCGGUGGUCUCUAAACAAGCCGCUCAACUUUUGGCCUCGAAAGAGCUCGAAACCCAAAAUGGGCACUCCAAACCCCUUUUCUUAAGUUUCCUGGUCCGAACUUGGUCCACCUCCUCGAGCGUGCCGACCCGCAUUGAGGCGAUUGUUUCCACUACCAAAUUCAUCAAGAAGACCGAAACCGCCAUUGAUCUGCAAAUACUGAUUCCGUACCUACUUUUGGCUCUUUCCGACCCAGCACCUGCCGUACGACGUGCAGCUGCUACAUGCAUUGCAACACUCACCGAGAAGAGCAUGGGUAACGGUGCAAAAACUGAAAUUUGGGCUUCGUCAACAUUUUACGGACAGAAAUCUUCAAGUAUAUCACACUUGAAGUCCGGAGAAUGUGCGCAGUUGCUGUCUUCGCUGUUCGUGCCUAUGCUUGAAGAGUGUGUGAUGGAUUCUACAUCCGCCAUAAGACUCGUCAGAGAGAGUUUGGAAGGCUCAAAGUCUAUCAAAACCCAGGCAGGUCCUUCCUUGAAAUCGUCCGUACGAGGAUCCGCCUUAACGUUCUUUGCUUCACACAUUGCCGUAACCCCAUUGCUGCAGGCUCGUCUUCGUCUCCUCCCGAUUUUCAAUUUCACAGGAAAGCACGCCAUUGGGGUGCGGACAACACAUAUCAUUCCUACCAUUCGUACAUGGUGUUCUCUUUCAAACGAGGAGGCCAGUUCAAGAUGUGCAGCUGCGAAUAUCAACCUCUCAACCGCCAAUGCUGUCCAUUUAGGUGGAAUUGUCGCAAGAGAGCAUGAGUCUGUAAAGAUACUACAAGACUUGAUUUCGGGAGAUCUUCGCACGGACAAUCUAGAUGUUGUUUCUGCUGCUUUCGACCGCUUAAUAGCCGUUUGGACUUCCAUCAAGUCAGAAACGCGCCUAUCCAUUGGACAAAUCCUGUUAGACUUGGCCUUGCAAGAAAAGCACAUAUCUGAAAGUGAGAAAUUGCGAUGCAAUCGAUCCCUUGAGGCACUGCGCGUUCUCCGGCUGGACACCGCUAUUCUUUCCGACUUCAUUGAGAGUAUCCCGAACGCCCUGCAGAUGCCGGAGGGUCCUCCAACAAAGAAGAGGAGAAGGAGCAGCCGCAAUGAGAUGGUCAGGGCCGAAAUUCAGUCUCCCGAGGACGUAUCCAAAUUGCUUCGACGAACGACUAUUGUACUUGAGUUGAUCGAGGCUUCUAGCCCCGGCGACCACCCAGUGCUAUUGAAGAACUUAUUUGGAAUCCUUGGUGAUCUACAGCAAUUACGACAUCAGUCUGGAUCUGAUCUGGUCUACCUACAAAGUUUAGUCCUGGGUUCCCUCACUCCUAUCGUUGAUCGAUUGAAAGACGAUCGCAAUGCUGCAGAAUAUCAAGCCUCUGUCAGAGCAGAUCUACUCGUCGAUUGCAUUCGCCACUCGACCAAUCCCCAAGUGCAAAGCGCUGCUUUGCUUCUGAUUGCAAGCCUGGCCUCCUGGGUGCCUGAGGUUGUUCUCCAUAAUCUCAUGCCUAUUUUCACAUUCAUUGGAUCCACUCUUCUGAGGCAAACUGACGACUACUCUGCACAUGUCGUUGACCAGACAAUAUCGCGGGUCGUACCGCAACUAGCGGAGUCGUUAAGGAAGAGAGACAAAAACCUCAUUACAGGAGUUGCAGAUCUUCUUUUGAGCUUUACCGCCGCUUUCGAACACGUGCCUCUGCAUAGAAGACUCAGGUUGUUUUCGGAGCUCGCUCGCACGCUUGGACCCGACGACUCUCUCUCGGCAAUCAUUGCUCUUCUAGUCGAUCGAUAUCCGAACAGCACCGAACCUAGGAAAUUCGUUCCUGGACUUCUGCUCCAAUUCGACCCAGUCACGACACUCAAAGCAUUCAAGGGCUACUUGGCCUUGGUCAGCGAUGGGUGUAGCGAGAAACGGAAGAUCUCCGAUGUUCUCUUCAGUUUGAACGAGAAACAGCCGACCCAAGUCGAGAAUGCCCUCAAUCAGCUGUUGGGUGCACUUGCGGAAUUGGCGGCAAACCAGACAAUUCACACCCAUAUCGCCAAGGCAUUCCGCAAGAAUAGGGAUCGGUCCCUACCUCGGGCCGUUUUUGCAGACAUCAUCGAGUCGAUCAUUCAAUUGUCAAAGCAAGUUGCAGGUAGACCGAAGCUUAAUGAAAGCUGCCGUCGCGUGCUGACCAAAUGUCUCGACCUCCUCCCGACUAUCGAUCUCAUCAGCUCUGCUGAGCUUCUCCUUUCGAAUCCGGAUCCGAAGGUGCAAGUUGCUGCUGUUAGGUCCGUUGAACUCAGGGCGGGGUCCGUGGUACAACAUGACCAGCAGUCGGUCGAUUCGCUCCUGUCUUUCCUACCGCAGGCCGAUGCACUUCUGCAGAAGUCUGAGGAUAUUGACGUGAAGGCCGUCACAGUCAGUUGCAUCGACCGCGUCAUCGAACGAUUUGGAAAGAAAGAUGUUACCGCUGUUGAGAGUGUUGCCCGUACUAUUGCUGGCGCACAGUCUUUGGCAAGCAAGGAGGAUCGAGUACGCAUUCUAUCGCUGCUGUGCAUCACCUCCAUUGUUGAUGUGUUGGAAGAGGAGGCUAUAUCUCUAUUGCCAACGGUACUGCCCAUCGCCUUCAAAUACUUGGAAGAGAGCAUUACGGAGGAAAAACGAGGCUUACACAACGCGGUCUUUGCCCUGCUUACAAACAUUGUGGACCGUUUGGCGUUCAUGUUCUCCCGCGAAUAUUUGAUUCCGGCCCUGAAGCUUUCUCACCGUUCCGCUGUCGGUGAUCUUGGAGAUAGCUGCGAUGAGUCCCGACGCGGAUUCUACCAGAGCUUGUCCGCCGGUCUCGAGGCACAGGAAAUCUUUGUCGCUAUCAAGUCCACAUGGUCAGCGGCUCUCAGUAAUGGGUAUGAAUCGUCACGGGAAAUGCUGGACCUCAUCCUCGCAACAAUUGAGAAUCAAACCAAGUCGAAGAUGGUCAAGGCUAGCUCCACACUUUUCAAUGUUCUGUUGGAAACAUUUGACAUUCGAAGAGCUAUCACUGCCGAGGCUACUAAGGCGACUCUUGAAGAGGACGAGUUGGAGCUGCUUGAGACUGCUCUUAUCGAAUCCAUAAUUGCAAUGACCCUCAAGCUGAACGAUAGUCUAUUCCGGCCGUUCUUCGUGCAGCUUGUGGAUGCAGCGAACUCGUCGUCCAAGCAGGUCAAGAGUCACUCUAUCACGCUCUGCAAGUUCCUUGCGGCAUUUUUUGAUCGAUUCAAGUCUAUCGUCACGAGCUACUCAAGCUAUAUCAUUGAGCAUACUGUGUCGUUGCUGAACUACAUUGCGCAAAAUCCAGAAGAAUCGGAUCUUCAAACCGCUGUGUUGAAAGCUUUACAGAAGAGCUUCCAGCACGAUCAGGAUGGAUUCUGGCAAUCGCCGUCACACUAUUCGCAAAUACUCGUCCCUCUCCUUACUCAACUCACUCUCCCUCCCCAGGAAUCCGCCACGCCUGUUAUUCCUACCAUAACUGAACUCGCCACUGCCUCUGCUUCUUCAGUUGACAACCAUCGCGAGAUGAACGCUAUUCUCUUGAAAUAUAUGCGCUCCGAGUCCGCGUCUACGCGCCUUGCCACAGUGAAGUGCGAGCAAAGUUUGACGAAGCGGUUGGGCGAAGAGUGGCUAGCGUUGUUGCCUGAGAUGCUGCCAUUCAUCAGCGAGCUACGUGAGGACGAUGAUGAGGAGGUCGAAAGGGAGACACAGAGGUGGAUCAACAUGGUUGAAGAAAUUUUGGGAGAGGAUUUAGAGGCUAUGUUGCAGUAGAUAAUUGUAAAGAGUAUAUGGUAGAUGGUGAAAGAAUACCCAUGUCGCAACGUCUUUUUCGCUUUCAACAUUCAGUAUGAUGAUCUCGAUCUUGUGACAAGACAUUGCAUCGCAUGUAAUACGAAAGACCAUUGGAAACGAAGGGAAUGCUACCCGUAACUAACUCAAAUAUUUAACAAGAAUACGAUGAUUGCUCUCCACUCGUAGCACUGACUGAACAUACGAGACGAGUACCUCGAAAACAC